AUGUCGUCAAUCGCUAGGAAAAGACUCGCUCAGGAACGAGCGGACUGGAGACGUGACCAUCCAGUGGGAUUUUCCGCAAAGUAUGCACCUUUACCAAACGGUGAAGGCAUGGACAUAAUGAAAUGGAUAUGUAAGAUACCGGGAAAAAAGGGUAGUAUAUGGGAAGAGGGUGAGUAUCAGCUGACCAUGGAAUUCACAGAUGAUUACCCUAGCAAACCACCAAAGUGUAAAUUUAGCACUGUUUUGUUCCAUCCUAACAUCUAUCCAUCUGGAACAGUAUGCCUUUCAAUCCUAAAUGAAGACGAGGAAUGGAAACCUUCGAUAACAAUAAAACAAAUAUUAUUGGGAAUUCAGGACCUCUUGGAUAAUCCAAAUCCAUUGUCACCAGCCCAAGCCGACCCAUACCUAUUGUUUGUUAAUAACCGCGAAGAGUACAAUAACAGGGUGCGAAAACAAGCAGCUGAAUUGAGACCUCGAGACUAA